AUGCAUCGCAUCCGAGCCAGGCUCGCCUCUUCGGAUGGAAAUGACAAUAAACGGUACAGCUUAAUCUUUGGUCCUCAUGCGCGUCGCAGUGAACAUGUUUCCCGUCCUUCACCGUCGUCUUCUCAAUUAGAUCGGCGUGUAUCCGACUCCGGUCCCCGUCCCAAUGUGGAUGAAGGCACAGUAGUGGACGACGAGAAAAUAGAAAGACCGAAUGUAUACGAGCGUGAUAAUUCAAACCAUGCAAGUGGUACGACCGGCUUUCCCGUGGCUAGCACGUCCGAGAAUAGCGCAUCCAUGAAAAGGAACAGAUUCAGCAUGUUACGCUUUCGUCAUGCCUCGGAUCCUCAGCUGUCUGCCACAUACUCUCAGAGUGAGAGAGAUGUACCGCCAAUGCCCCAUGUUCCUCCACCGCCGACAAUUAUAACAACGGCGCCGACUAGCUCCAACUUGGAAAAAUCUGCACGCAAAAGCCGGCUUCGAAAUCCGCUCUCCAGAAAGACAUCGCGAGAAGUUAUGACUAUGGGCAAUGGCAGCGGGCCUGGUCUUGCAAAAGUACCAUUUUCCCAAACAUUAGGCAGUCACUCCCGGCUUAGCCACGAAGAACCCGGCCGGCUUUCUACUUCUACAUACCAAAGCGGAACUACGAACAAUCCGUCUGAGCAAGAUAUGCGUUUCUCUGAAUCGUCUCGGUCUGAUCAGGGUUCAAUUGACAGGAAUCCCGUGAAGGGCGAUGCACCGCAUCCUACCAAAAAACUACAUAUCCCACGCCUUAUGAAAAGUCGCGUGAAUAUCUUCCCGCUUCCUGUCAAGCUUCCUCCGCCAGGUGCUGGUAAUUCACAUAGUGGUCGUACUUCUCCUAUUUCGAAUGGCGGCAAUAGUGAGAGGACUUCAAUGGACCCAACUACCCCAGACGGAGACCAGAUAUCACCAUUACCAUCUCCUACACAAUCAUCCGUGAAACUGGCGUCUCCAAAGGCUGCCAAUCCAAACACCCUCUUACGCAAGGACUCUACAACCUCUGCCCGUUCGGGACACUCGACGUCGUCGGCCAAGGCUCGCUUGGGAAGACGUGGACGGUCGUCAACCCUGAACUCGUUCAUUGAGGCCUCUCGUAAUGGAGAUGAUCCCAACAACUCUUCAUCUAAUCUACCUUCAGGUCGGAACUCGAUUUCUACAAAUGGGCGGAAGAGUUUUGGCGACCUAUUUGGUUUGAGCAACAGAUUACGCCAAAACUCAGAGUUCUCCAGCAACCGAGACGGUCAUACUAGUCCCCGUGCUCCUGGUACUCCAACUUCAGUCACCAAAGAUGGCUCUGCAUCAGCCUCCCGGACUGCAGUUAUAGCUCCAGACCGAGAAGAAGAUGACACUUCUGCAACCUAUCUUACCAAACUUCAAGAGUCGGUCCCGAAAGGAUCAAUUGGCACAAUACUGUCCAAAUACGACGACGACUUCUACAAAGUUGCGCUACGAAAAUUUAUGCGAACUUUUGCUUUCUUUGGUGAACCCAUCGACAUGGCGAUUCGUAAACUGCUGAUGGAAGCGGAAUUGCCAAAGGAAACUCAGCAGAUUGAUAGGUUUUUGCAAAGCUUUGCGGAUCGUUACUACGAGUGCAACCCUGGCGUUUUUGCUACCACAGAUCAAACAUACUUCAUAGCGUUUUCCAUUCUGAUCCUACAUACGGACGUGUUUAACAAAAACAACAAACGAAAGAUGCAGAAACAGGACUACGUGAGAAAUUCUCGCAUCGAUGGAGUUUCCGAAGAGAUUCUUGAAUGCUUCUACGAAAACAUCUCCUAUACUCCAUUUAUUCACGUCGAAGACGAAUUAAAUCUCAGUGUGCGACAGAUCCCAAAGCGAAAAGGUCUUCUCAAGGUGGCAAGCUCUGACCACCUGGCAAGGACUUCAAGUCAACCUGUUGACCCAUAUGCUGUUAUAUUAGAUGGAAAAUUGGAUACACUACGCCCUGGCCUGAAGGAGGUAAUGAAUAUCGACGAUCCUUACAGCUUCCCAGAUUCAGAAGGGUUUAAAGAUAUCGAAUCUUUACAUCAAGCUUUCUCCAGAUCCGCUAUUCUACAGAUUGUUUCGGCUCGAUCUCGACCAGAUGCAUUUAUGACUUCAACAAAUAUGGAAGACAUGGCCGAUUCACAUCCUGGCUUGGUUGAUAUCAAGGUCGUGAAGGUGGGCCUCCUAUGGCGGAAAGAUCCAAGAAAGAAGAGGGCUCGUUCUCCAUGGCAAGAAUGGGGUGCACUUUUGACUUCGUCUCAGCUAUACUUCUUCCGUGACCUGUACUGGACAAAAUCUCUCAUGUCGCAGUAUGAGAAUCAACGCAAACGGGGUUCGCGCAUGCCAGUGGUUUUCACACCUCCUGUCACAGAUUUCAAGCCGGACACUAUCAUGUCAACUUCAGAUGCAGUUGGGUUGAUCGACUCAAGCUAUAAGAAACAUAAACAUGCAUUUCUUUUGGUUCGCCACAACGGGCUGGAAGAGGUGUUCCUUGCCAACUCCGAUGCCGACAUGAAUGACUGGUUGACAAAAUUGAAUUAUGCAGCAACAUUCAGAACUACCGGUAUACCUCUAAAAGCCACCGUUGGAGCUCGAUAUGAAGGCCAAAAACAUCAGAAUAUGGCUCGUAUGGACUCCACUCGUUCCAUAUCGUCACAAAUGCAAAGUGAUGGAAGUGCUCCUGAGACCAAGGACUACGUUGAUGUACGUCUCGCCGAGGAGAUGUCUGCUGCACGUGAACAAUUGAUGUCUCGAAGGAUUGCCGAGCAAGAUGAGAAGUUGAUGGGCUAUCAGAACCAACUCGAUGAUCUUCUCAGAAAUGCUAGACAUCUGCAACUGUUGACUCCUGUCAAUACGAGGGCGCGAGAAAAUGUCAUUCUGGCCGCUGGACGUAUGGCUGCCAAACUCCGAUGGGUGCGAUUGGAUAUGUGGCGAACCAAAUGCUACAAUCAUUUCCUGUCCUUGGAUCUUGGUAUAGAUCAAAAGUCGCUUCCUGAUACACAGAAACGAUCCUCAUUCACAACUGUCAAGCUGGCAUCCUCCGGGCCAAAUACAUCACUAGCGAGACUCAAUUCUACACACUCUCUGCUUACGGCUCCUUCAAUAAGCGAAACGACUUCUGCAGAACCUGCGUCUCCAAUGUUACCGGAGAGUACACUCAUUUCAAACGAGUUCUUAUCACCUAUUAACACGGACGGUUAUCGUCUGAACGCCCCCUCAAUCACUUCCUCGGAAGCAUUUGACGAGAAGCAUCAAGCUGUUUCGCCCAUGUCUGAGAUUCCAAACCCCGGUGUCGGUGAUGGUGCUGGGUCGCUGAAUAGAGAACCGUCGGUUUUGAGCUCCGGCGGUAGAAGUGAAGGACCCGGUUCAAGCAUCCUCAGCUGGACAGCCCCAAUGAGUACAACACACGUCGACAACAGCGAAGAGCGAGUCCUCCGUGAAGCUGGUAUUCUCGGAGUUGACGGACCAACACACUCACCUAAGCUUGGAAAUGACGCUGAGAUACCUGAGAAACAUAUUGACGAAAAGUCCGACUCUAAUACAGGAGAUAAUCGUCUCAGCAGUCACCGCCGUAGUUUGCAGCGAACUUUGAGAGAUUCACACCAUAAACCAAGUCAUCAACGCAGCAAGAAAGGUAGAGACUCUGCCUCUAGUAUUCCCCUUGUGGAUGGCCCUGCGGGUGGUGAAGGCGAGGGAUUAUCCAGGAAAGAUGCCAACUUCACCUUGCACGGAAAGAAGGCUUCUGUCAUAACAUUUGGAUCCGAGUGGCAAAACAUUUCCGCAGAGGAGAGAUUGAAGCUGCGCAAGCCUGCGGCAUCUGAGGAGGCUAGGGCGUCUGACAUAAACUUGAUCCGUGAUCUUCGUGGUUCAAUCAGUUCUGCAUCGGUUCAUAGUGGUCGGCCACAGUCAAUUCGCAGUGCUAGCACGGCGACUGCACGAAGUUCUCGUUUUGUUGAUAGCAUAUCAGUCAACAACGGCAUUCCGGAAGUUCCAUCAUUGGAUGUGCUUUUGAAAGAAGAGGAGGAAGAAGAAAAGCAACCUCAACAAGAGGUAGCUCCUUCUGAUAACAUCAAAGACGCUGAAACAUCUGAACCGGCAAAUGCAGUAACAAUAUCGACGGCUCCAGGUGCCACAAAUGAAAUUUCUACCCAGAACCUUGCAAGCCACGAACGUGGAGAGUUGGUGGACCCAAUCUCCGGCCAAGAACAACCAAGACUUAACUCUCAUGAACAAGCCGUUGGCGCAUGA